UAUUAACUUUUAGCUCUAUAUUUCUCCCCCCCACCUUCAUUUCUACAUUCUUGGGAGGUAGAUUAACUUUGUUCUUUGGUCUGAUUGUUCUUUCAGAUAAUCAAAGAAAAUGGUUAUUACUGACGAGAACAAUCCCAAUUUGAACAAGCCCACAAAUUUUCAAGGAGGUUUUGAGAUGGGGAGUAGAAAGUUUGGGCAGGAGAUUAGGCAGACCAGAAGGGCUUUAAGCGUUAUUAAGCAGAGUUUAGUGGGAGGUCAAGCAUACCCUUGUGUUGUCAAUAAGAGAGGCUUGUCAGAAAAACAUGAAUUCUGUGAAAAGAAGCAGGCUGAUCCAGUGCAUCGACCAAUUACGAGGAAGUUUGCUCAACAAAUUGCAAACGCGCAGCCACCUUGUCCUCAGGAAACUAAGAAGGCAAACCCAUCAUCAGCUUCAAACUCAAGUGGAUUUGGAGAUUGCAUAUAUGUAGACGAGGAACACAAGUCACCUAAAGAAGACAUCCCAGUGCCCAUGUUUUUAGAACAAACAGAAGUGAUGCCUAGUGAAACUCAUGAGAUGGAGGAGGUUGAAAUGGAAGAUAUAGUUGAAGAGCCUGUCAUGGAUAUUGACAGCUGUGAUGCAAAGAAUCCACUCGCAGUUGUGGACUACAUUGAAGAUCUCUAUGCCCACUACAGAAAAAUGGAGAGUUUUAGUUGUGUCUCACCAAACUAUAUGGGACAACAGGUUGACAUUAAUGAGAGGAUGAGGUCUAUACUAAUUGACUGGCUUAUUGAGGUCCACGACAAAUUUGACCUCAUGAAGGAGACAUUGUUCCUUACCGUUAGUCUAAUAGACAGAUUUUUGUCCAAGCAAACAAUGGUCAGAAAGAAACUUCAGUUGGUCGGUUUGGUUGCCAUGCUCUUAGCAUGCAAAUAUGAGGAGGUUUCUGUUCCUAUAGUCGGGGAUUUGAUCCUUAUAUCAGAUAAAGCUUACACAAAGAAGGAGGUUCUAGAAAUGGAGAGCUUGAUACUCAAUACAUUGCAGUUUAACAUGUCAGUUCCAACCCCAUAUGUUUUCAUGCAAAGGUUCCUCAAGGCUGCUCAAGCAGACAAAAAGCUCGAGCAAUUGUCCUUCUUCUUGAUUGAGCUUUCUCUCGUUGAGUACGAAAUGCUCAAGUUUUCACCUUCUUUAUUAGCAGCUGCUGCAGUCUAUUCAGCUCAAUGUACUCUUUAUGGGUUCAAGCAGUGGAGUAAGACCUGUGAAUGGCAUACCAGCUACUCAGAAGAUCAGCUCUUAGAAUGCUCAAGACUGAUGGUCGGUUUCCACCAAAAGGCAGCAACAGGGAAACUCACAGGCGUACAUAGGAAAUACUGUACAUCUAAGUUUGGGUAUACUGCAAAAUUUGAACCGGCUAAUUUUCUGUUGGAUACCCAACUAUAGCAGGGCAUGUACAGCUACUAACACUGCAUGAAUUUGUAAUUGGGGGUUGGUUGGUUGGGUGGGGAAUACUCAUACGGCAACUUGGGUUGCAUUGAGAAUUAUUAAUUGACCUAAGUUCUAAUUUGGGUAGGCACAACACAGCCAUAGAGUUGUUUUUUUCCUAAGUUUCUAAUUGGGUGAGCAUAUAUAUUCAUUGUUUCCCCCUUCAAAUUAUUAUUGUACUUUCUAUUGCUGCUCCCUUGAGCAAUAAUGUGAUGAAAACAUCAUAUUUCAUUUUUCAGUAAAGAGAGCUGGUUUCAUUUA